GACGACGACCGUAGAGUCGAACGAGCGAGCGAAGCCGUGCGGCACCCGUCAGUAGAGACUUCUCACUUCAGUCAGUGAGUCAAGUCUGCUUGGUGAGUGUCCGUCGUUGGAAGAGCGUACGACAGGGUGGUAGUAGAUCGAGUAUCGCAUAGGUCGGUGUUAACUGAGUGUAUGGUAAACGUUCCAUCGAAUUUUUCAUCGGUAAAAAAUCAGGGGCAUCAUUAUGCCGGCCCGUAGCCGUAGAGCAGCUUUUAGGAGCGUCGCGAUAUCAUAGCAAACGAGUAAACAAGUGGAAGGUAUCGAAGUAAAGUUCGAAUCCGAGUGAAGAUCCGAGUGCGACGAAGAGCGGAAAAAAUCUAUUCGAAAUAGCUGCCCCGCUAUCGAGAAGAUAAGGAUAAGUAGUUGUGCGAUGUGCGUCGAGACGAUGACGGGGUGUGUGAGACUAAACAGUGAAAGAGUAAAAAUGCAACGACACGAAGACGAAGAAGAAGAAGAGGAGCAGUGGCGGCAGCAACGGCAACGACGACACCGAGAACCUCUGCAACAUGGGGCCCGAUACACUCGGAUAGCAUCGUCGUCGGCUACGAUGUCCGUCGUACGGGCGAGGCCCCUCGUGCUCGUAUUGUUAGUGUUCCUCUGUGGAACUUUAGGUAACGCCCUUAAAUUGAGACAUUCGAGACACCUGGACCCCAGAGCACCCUAUCUCAGCGAGGAGGAGCUUAUGAGACAGUACGACAACCAUAAUCACAAGCCGGUAUUUUCGAAUUGUUCGAAUUACGCACCUGUCGUCAAAGAGGAAGAACCCGCCGGGACAAAGGUUAUACAGGUUCAUGCAGAGGACAGGGAUCCCCUCGAUUCCGGAGGUACGAUUACCUACAGUUUCUUAACGGCACCUGGUGAAAAAUUAAAAUUCGAUAUCAAUAACAUCACCGGUGAGAUAAUAACUACUCAGAUAUUGGAUAGAGAUGAACCGGCGCGAGAAAAAGAAGCUUACCUUACCAUAUUGGCUACCGACAACGGCAGACCCCAGCUCGAUGACGUCUGCACGUUUAAAGUCACAAUUACAGAUGUCAAUGACAAUUCACCUGUGUUUGAUAAAGUGGCAUACACGGAGUCCGUACCACAAGAUCUACCCCUUGGAAGAGAAGUGAUGAGAGUUUCUGCCACAGACAUAGACGAUGGAAACAAUUCUGUCGUUCAAUAUAAUUUGUCUUCUAAAAUACCAGAAGAUGACGUUUAUUUCAGAAUCGACAGGAGAACCGGUGUUAUAUUUCUCAAUAAAACAAUAGAUAGAGAACCCGAUUACAAAUUUAGCCUUACUGCAACGGCUAAAGAUCAGGGUGAAUUUCCAAGGCCUAGUACAAUAGACUUGGACAUAAAGGUGGUAGAAUCUCACAAGAAAGCACCUGCCUUUUUAGACAGAUCUCUGGAACCGCUUCGAUUAAAAGAAAACUACAGCGAUUUCGACGCGAGUCUUGUCAGAUUACAAGCUGUCUCAAAUAUCGAUGGAAAUCCAGGUGUAGUCUUUGAAUUAGUCACCGGCAGAACCGAACAAACUAACAAGGGAAAUACAUUCAGAUUGGAAUCAAGCAAGGAUAUCGCUGAUAUUAAACUGGCUAAACAUCUCGACUAUGAGAGUAAUACAGAAUAUACUCUCAUUGUUCGUGUACUGAAUAAAUAUCAAUUGGCUGCUGAGACUGUAAUCAAUAUCGAAGUUCUCGAUGUCAACGACAACAUUCCGGUAUUUCGUGAGAUAGAGAAAGGCAGCGUCUUGGAAAACGAACCCCCUGGAGUUCCAGUCAUGCAAGUCCGAGCCAUCGACGCUGACGGUACCUCCGCUCACAAUCAGGUCACCUACGAACUGGAUAGUUGGAGGACGCAUUUCGCUAUUGAUAAACAUACAGGAAAUAUAACAACUCUGAGAACUUUCGACAGAGAGGUCGAAGACACCUACAACGUGAAGGUCAUCGCGGUAGACAAUUCCCCGAGCGCGUUGUUUAAAACCGGCGAACACAAUAAAGGUCAACAGGUGUUCCGAAUCGGAGUCGCUGACAAAAAUGACAACGCUCCGCACUUUACCCAACAGGUUUACACGGCGAAUUCUGUUGCGGAAGAUGCGAAUAUCAACGCACUUGUGACUGAAGUAAAAGCUGUGGAUUCUGAUACCGCUAGUCCUGUUACUUACAGUAUAAUAGGUGGAAAUACCAGAGACAGUUUUGACAUUGAACCUAGUACGGGAAAAAUCAGAGUCAAGUCUGAACUCGACUACGAAACUAUCACGGAAUAUAAUUUGACCGUUCGCGCUUUUGACGGUCUAUACAAUGACACGGCCCAGGUCAUAAUUUUCAUUGACAAUGUCAACGAUAAUCCGCCGGUUUUCAAUGAAUUUAACAGGAAUCCUACAAUCGAAGAGGAGAGUUUAGUUAAAGGAUGCAUAACGACAGUUUCCGCAUAUGAUCCCGAUAUCAAGGACAGAAACGAGGAUCAGCAUAUCGCUUAUUUUAUAGUUAAAGAGGAACAAAAACCUCUACUAGGGAUCGAUAAAACGGGUUGCUUGACUCUGAAAAAGCCGCUUGAUCGAGAUCCACCUGAAGGGUAUCCAAUUUGGUUGGUAAUUGUCAUGGCGAGAGACGAAGACGGCGGACCUACAGGUCUGCGAAAAACGGUUUUGGUAAAUAUUACUUUGAUAGACAUAAAUGACAACGCGCCAUUCUUGGACAUGCCGUAUCCCGUUGUUUGGUACGAAAACCAACCGCCGGGUAAAAUAACAAAGUUGACGGCAAAAGAUUGGGAUUCGGAUGAGAAUGGACCACCGUUUACUUUCAAAAUCAGCGCGAACGCGGAUGAGGAAAUCAAAUCCAAAUUCUCCAUAGACGGAUCUGAUCUUUACGCUCAAGUAACUUUCGAUAGGGAAACAAAAAAAUCUUAUCAAAUACCGAUAGCUAUCACUGACAGAGGCGUUCCGCCAAUGACGGAUAUAUCCAUACUGACUGUCAUUAUUGGAGAUCGCAACGAUAACGCAAUGGAAGAAGGUUCAAGUUCUAUAUUCGUAUACAAUUACAAAGGGAACGCGCCGGAUACGGAAAUCGGAAGAGUCUACGUCAACGAUCCAGACGAUUGGGAUUUGCCUGAUAAACAUUUUGCAUGGGCUUCAACUGAAGAAAGUUUUCGCCUCAACCCGAGCACUGGAAUGAUCACGAUGCUGGAAGGUACGCCAAACGAUACUUUUGUCCUGAAGUUUGUCGUGACUGAGCAGAGCGCCUUGGUUCCUCGGCAUCAAGUCAACGCCUACGUAAAUGUGACCGUCAAAGAAAUACCCGAAGAAGCCGUUAUGAAAUCGGGGUCCGUUCGAUUUUCUGGCAUUAGUGCAGAGGAGUUCGUUGCACCCGGGGAUUCGGGUGUUAGCAAAAAAGAAAUGUUCCAGGUUCAAUUGGCAGCAAUGUUGAACACCGCUGUAGAAAACGUCGACGUAUUCACGGUCUUACAUUCGCCACAUCACAACAACAUGAGUCUGUUGGAUGUCAGAUUUUCAGCGCAUGGCAGUCCCUAUUAUGCACCAGAAAAAUUGAACACGAUUACUUCUCAGCAUAUUGACGAAAUAAAACAGGAAUUAGACGCUGAUAUUUUACUGGUCAAUAUUGACGAAUGUUUGUUCGAAAGAGUUCACUGCAAUAACUCGUGCAGAAGCUAUCUGAACGCGAGUUCCGUUCCCUACGCUGUUUAUACAAAUACUACGUCUUUCGUUGGAGUCAGAGCAGUAGUCGAUCCUCAAUGUACUUGUCACGUUGCCGAACCCAUCGUUUGUUUGAACGGUGGAACACCGUUGGCGGAAAGGUGUGAGUGUCCACCAGGUCUUGAGGGUCCGAGAUGCGAACUAUUGGGAAUCGGUUUUCACGGUGAUGGAUGGGCUAUCAUGCCACCUCCAGGUCAAGCUUGCGAUGACUCACAUUUAGGAUUGGAAAUAAUACCCCAGGUUGAGAAUGGGCUAGUCUUUUACUUCGGACCAAUGAGCUACAAUCCUAAUUUGGGAAUCCAAGAUUUUAUGGCGUUAGAAUUGCAAGACGGAUAUGCAGUAUUGUUUGUUGACUAUGGUACUGGUACAAUAAGAUUGGAUCAGAAGCAAAUAAAAUUGACAGAUGGAAAGAGCCACAGAAUCGAUGUUUUAUGGACAAAGACUGCGAUAGAAAUGAAAGUUGACAACUGCCAGAUGUCCGCAUGUAUGAGCUUGACGGCUCCGCAAGGACCCAAUGAAUUUCUCAACGUUAAUAGUCCCUUACAAAUUGGCGGCGCACUCACAAAUCUUCCCCAUCUAGCUAAUGCUUUACAUUGGGAUCAUAAGCCGACUGACAAGGGAUUCGCCGGAUGUAUACGUAACAUGACUAUCAAUGGAAAUACUUACAACUUGGGAAUGCCAGCCUUAUCCCACAAUGCAGAUCCCAGUUGUGAUCAUGGUAUGGCUAAAGCGGUAUCGUUUGGAAUAGACACAAACUUUUUGGUGGCUAUUCUAGUUUGUGUAGCGAUAUUACUGAUCUUGUUGCUGGCCGUGGUGGUACACAGAAGAAAAACAGACGACUUGUAUAAAGAUAUGGACGACAUUAGAGAAAAUAUCAUUAACUACGAAGAUGAAGGUGGUGGCGAGGUUGAUACAGGAUAUGACUUGAAUGUCCUUAGAGCCAUGUACGACGCGCCACCCAUAGACUCGAAAAUGGCGCCUGUUGGACUGGAAGGAAGAGCUCCAGAUACGGCAGAUGAAGUACCAGAUAUUUGUGGGUUCUUAGAUGGUAAAAAAGAAAGUUGCGAUAAGGAUCCUGAGACGAAUGCGUUCGACGAUGUGAGACAUUACGCGUACGAAGGCAAGGGUAAUUCAGAAGGAUCUCUGUCGUCUCUCGCUUCAUGUACCGACGACGGCGACUUGAAGUUCAAUCAUUUGUCGAACUUUGGCCAAAAGUUUUGGAAAUUGGCUGAUAUGUACGGUGAGGAGCCAAGUGAUGAAGAUAGUGAUGGCGUUGGGGAACGCGAGAGCGAGAGCUGGUGUUAAUUUAAAAAGACUUUCAGAACUGUGAGUAGUUCUUAGAUUUCCCUGAUAUAGACAUUUCCUGAAAGAACAUUUAUAUUAAAGUUGAAACAAAAAAUGAUAAUCAAAUUGAAAAAAAAAAAAACGAAAUAUAAAACGCCGCAUUACAAUACUGUACUUAAAAGCUUAGGCGAAAUAUUGUGGCUUAACGGAAAAACGAUUUCGGUUUGUAUUCAGUUUCAUAACUUGAUGCAACACCAAAGAACUGUAGUAAUUUCUAACAAAUGUUAACACGAAAAAGACUUGAGAAUGAAAUAUCAUUCCGCAGAGUGCUGAUAUGAAUACAUUAUUCCAUAUAGCGCACUGGGCCCGGACUCGGUGUUAAAUUUAAUCAACUAGUAUUUAUUUUGAAUCAAUCUAAUGACUCGAAUCUUGGAACGUUCCGAUGGACUUUGGAAUGUUUCAAGAUUGCAUAAAGGUGAUACGAAAAUUCACAACCCCUCGAUGACUUAGACAUGUGCGAAAUAUCACUAUUAUUAUUUUAAUAUGCCUGAAUCAUCUAAGUUAAUAGAACGUAUCAUCUAAUUGUCGACUAUUGAGAGAUAAAAUCAUUUAAAGUGAAUACGAAUGACUUAAUUAUUUGAAAAUAAUCUCGUAUCAGUACAGACCCUAUUUGUAUGGUGAUAAAUAGCGUCAUGUAAUAUAUUAUAUUUAUAUAUAUAGUAUGAUAUAAAAAUUGCUGAGAGGAAAAACAGAAAGAUAAAAAGAGAAUUAAAUAUCAACUACGAGCAAUUAUUGCAAGCAAAAAAUAGCUGUGGAAAAUUCAAAAUAUUUUUUAUUUGUUUAUUCAUUAAUGAUUAGCAGGUGUGAGAUUAAAAAUGAAACGAAGAGCUAUUACAUAUUUUGUUAAUAUUUUUUUAACAUUGCCUAAUAGCAACGAAUGCUAUCAGACUGACUUAGAACUCGCUGGCUUUGGGAACAUGCAGAUAAGGUAUUUUGAAAAAGUAUUUCCAUUCGUCCAGGAUGCAGAAAUCGUUGUUGGGGUAUAACUUUUUAAAGAAAUGUUACAAGUAUUUUAGAUUCUUCAGUAUCGUCUUAAUUACGUUUCACAUUUUUUGUUACAAUUA